UACAGGUCUCUCAUCACCGCUUGCUUCUCUAACGGCUAUCAAUGCCGUUGUAUUUGGCGUACAUGGAUUUGUUUGCCGGGAGUUCACACAGCCUGAAUCAUUGAGGGCACAUUUCUUCGCAGGCUGUGCAGCAGGCAUGAUGCAGAGUGUGAUAGCCACUCCUUCGGAAAGGUUAAAACUACUCAUCCAAAUACAGACCGACAGCAGUCGGUCAAGAUUUCAAUCCCCUCUGCAUGCAGCUCGGUCGCUCAUAGCCCGACAAGGGCUCGGCACCUUGACGAGAGGUUUCUGGGCCACAUUGGUGCGCGACUGUCCUGCCUUUGGCAUAUAUUUUGCUUCGUACGAAUGGAUGUCACGAGGGAUGAGCAAAGAUGGCAAGAUGGAGUCGCUAACCGGACCUCAACUACUUUUUGCUGGUGGUGCUGCUGGCAUGCUUUCCUGGUUGUUUAACUAUCCUACGGAUGUCAUCAAAACACGAUUUCAAGCUAAUGAUAGCUACAGAAGUUACUUGCACUGCAUACGAAGUACCUACAGGGAAGGUGGCAUGCGGAUGUUCUUUACAGGCCUUGGAUCGACGUUGUUAAGGUUCGUAUCGAACAAAAGAAGGCAAAUUAGUGGAAAUUUACAGUAG